CGACCGGGGUACCCCGAAGGUGGCGGUGACACCUGGGGACAGCGCUGCCCGGGAGUCCCCAGGACGGGGACAGUGCCAGUCCCCCCGUGGUGCUGGUGACAGGGACCUUCCUGUGGGGACAGCGGUGGCGGGAGAGCCACCACCGUGUCCCCUGUGGGCUCAGCGCCACCGCCAGCACCCGGGUGUGGCACCCUGGCUGUCCCCUCUGGGUCUGCCUGUCACCGUGUCGUGUCCCCUCUGUGUCUGUCUGUCCCCUCUGUGUCUGUCUGUCCCCUCUGUGUCUGUCUGUCCCCUCUGUCCCCAUGUCCCUCUGUCCCCUGCCUGUCCCCAUGUCCUUCUGUCCCCAUUUCUCUCUGUCCCCUGCCUGUCCCCAUGUCUGUCUGUCCCCUUCUUGUCCCCCUGCCUGUCUGUCCCCCCUGUGUCUGUCUGUCCCCUGCCUGUCCCCAUGUCCCUCUGUCCCCCGCAGCUGCCAUACCUGCGCUCUCCUGUCCCCGCGCUGUGUCCCGUCCUGUCCCGUCCGGUGCCGUCCCCCCGCAGGUGCCAUCUGUCACCGCCGCCCCGCGCUCUGUCCCCGCCUGUCACCGCCUCGCUCAAGUUCAAGGUUCAAACUCCACGGGGCCCUGCCUGGGACCGGCGGGGACACGCGGGGACCGCAGGGGACACGCUGGGAAUGGAGGGGACACUCGGGGACCGCAGGGGACACACGGGGACUGGCGGGGACACUCGGGGACCGCGUGGGGACAAUCCCGCAUCACCGAGCGCACCGGGGGACACCGGCUCAGGCGCUCUGUCAUCAAAGGGGUCCGGUUCACGUGUCCCCUGGCGCGACGCUGCCCUGUCACCAAGGCCAAGCGGCGACAGUGCCAGGCCUGUCGCCUCCAGAAGUGCCUCGACGUGGGCAUGAGGAGGGACAUGAUCAUGUCGGAGGAGGUGCUGCGGCGGCGGCGGGAGCUGCGGGGACAGCGGGGACAGCCCGGGGGACAGCCCGGGGGACACUCCGGGGGACUGACGGCCGAGCAGCAGCAGCUCAUCUCUCUCCUCAUCGCCGCCCACCGCCGCACCUUCGACUCCAGCUUCUCCCAGUUCAUGCGCUGCUGGCCCCCCGAGCGCCUGUUGGUGCCCAGCCCGUCGUGCCCGGCUGUCGCCGCGGGAGUGUCGCCGUCGCCUGUCCCUGCCGCAGGAGUGUCGCCGUCGCCUGUCCCCACCGCGGGGGUGUCCCUGUCGCCUGUUCCCGCCGCGGGGGUGUCCCUGUCGCCUGUCCCCGCUGCAGGGGUGUCCCUGUCGCCUGUCCCCGCCGCGCUGUCCCCGUGUCCGUGCGAGGCCGCCCCGCCGAACGCGUUCUCGAUGCUGCCGCAGAUCGCCGACCUGAGCACGUUCAUGAUCCAGCAGGUGAUCAACUUCGCCAAGGAAAUCCCGGUGUUCAGGRCUCUGCCGAUGGACACGCAGAUCUCGCUGCUCAAAGGGGCCACGCUGGGCAUUUGCCAGAUCCGCUUCAACACCGUCUUCAACGCCCGCACCAAGGCCUGGGAGUGCGGCCAGCGCUGCUACACCAUCCGCGACGGGGCCCUGGCUGGGUUCCAGCAGAUCUACCUGGAAAUGCCUCCUGGAAACGAUGACCAGGCCUUGGACAGGGCCUGGGAGGGUGGGGAGGUGACACAUCUGGGUUGGUGACACGGUGGGGACUGGGCACAGCUCGGAUUUGAUGAUCCCAAAGGAUUUUCCCAGCCUAAUGCCAGGAUUUUUGGGCUGUCCCCAAGCCGUGUUCCAGCAGAUCUACCUGGAAAUGCCUCCUGGAAACGAUGACCAGGCCUUGGACAGGGCCUGGGAGGGUGGGGAGGUGACACUCAGGGCUGGUGACACGGUGGGAUUUGAUGAUCCCAAAGGAUUUUCCCAGCCUAAUCCCAGGAUUUUGGGGCUCUCCCCAAGCCGGGUUCCAGCAGCUCCACCUGGAAAUGCCUCCUGGAAAGGGUGGGCUGCCAGGGGCUGCCCAGGGAGGGUCAGAGCUGCCAUCCAUGGAGGUGAC